AUGGCAGAAGAAACCCCCAAAUCCCCGGCAGAUGCCCCCGACGCAUCCACCCCAGUUCCGCCAAUCGACAACAUCCACUCAAUCACCGACCUUCCACCCCCAGAACCAGUGCUCCCCCCCAACGCCACCCUAUCCGAACCCAACCUCGAUACCGAAAUGCCAGAAGCAGCUCCCCCACUGCCCCAAAUGAACUACGCUCCCAUACCACCCACCCCCAUCCCAGCGACGCAACGCACCGCAACGCCCACUCGGCACGUCAACGGCACCGCUGCAGCAGAGGUGGCGCCGCCAAUGCCUUCGAAAGCGGCAAGUCAUGGGGCGCCGGCGAGGCGGUAUUUGAACGAGAAGGUUACGGGGGUGCUGUUGGAGGGGAUGAAGAGGUUGGCUGCUGAUCAGCCGGAGAAUCCGCUACAAGUUCUAGGCGAGUUUUUGCUGCAGAGGAGUAAGGAUCUGGAAGGGGUCAAGCAGGAGAGUACUACUUGA